AAAAAAGCAUUUUUCUUGUUAUUUUUGGCUAUUUCCUUGCUGUUCUUAGCACCAGGAAUCGAGAAGUGAGGUGGUGAGAGAGACAGAGAGUGAGAAUCCCAAACUCCAAUUCUAUUUAUAUGAAAAGAUGUUGUGGGAUUCAAAGAAAAUGAUAUGUUGUACGCGGUGAGAAAAUUCAAAGAAGAAAGGAGAGAGAGAGAGAGACCGGAGGUUGACAUGUAUUCCGUCACUGGUGGUGGAAGGUUGUUUAUUCUUGCGAAGAUUUUCUUAUCUGGGAUCGCCCUUUCUACUCCCAAGUCCCAACCUUUCCUUCUCUCUGGGCGCGUGAGCUGUGCUGCAUAAUCUGAUGGAGAUCCGUAACCUUCUAUUCUUCCGUUGGUCUUCCAUUACCAUUCCUUAAUCCAGCCUUUUCGCCUCCUCCUCCUCCCCCUCUGGUCUCUCUUUUUCUUUUCUGGAACCACCAUCACUUUGUUGGUUACAGAAGAUAAUUGGUACUUCAAAAAAGUCUGCUCACUGAGAGACUUCAAAGUUAAACUUUGAAUUAUGACAUUAAAGAAUCCUUCUUGCUUUAAAAUGAGAGGCUGGACACACGCUCUUAUGUUGUAGAUGAAUAUGUGGGGAAGUUACAUAUGGUACAAAUUAAGCAUUAUAUAUGGAUGUGUCAUUUUUAUAUCCGUAAAAGGAUAAUAGGUCUGGGUUUAUAUUCUGGUUAACUCAUGUUGAAAUUGAAAAUCCAUACUUCUUUCCAUUUCAAAUGAGUUCACAAUUUUUUUUGCUGAGAAUACGUAAAAAGUGGAACCUGGCCUAACAAUUAGGAUCCACAACUCGCGAAUUAGUUCUUUUUCAGGACAUUGCAAGAUUAAUGUUAGGUUAAAAACUGAAAUACAAUUACCUGGAUAACCACUAUUCCCAAAAGCUUAAGCUGGCAUGAAUGUGUCUGAGAAAGAUAUUCUCAACUUCUUUGUGACAUUCAAAGUUGGGAAAAAGAAAUAAAUGCAUAAUUGAAAUGUUAACAGUGUUCUCAUCAGCAGAUCAAACAUAAAAUCAUAAAAUCAUUGCAGAUGACCAAUCAUCCAAACAUAUGCACACUGAAAUCUUCCUUACCUUUUGUCUCAAUUUUAACUGACUCAAAUCAGUUGAUGUUUUCUUGCCUAACUUUAUCAAUUUCAUAUAGUUUAUGUUCCUUUCACUUUCCUUCUUCCACAUCUAAUGUUUGCUUUUCUAGAGGGGUGAUCUUUUACAUGUCAUCUUGUGGCAGUUCUUUUGCAGGUAAAAACAAACAAACCAUUUUUUGCUCCAUUCCUGUGCAUUGAGUAUAUUAAAAAUCCAAGCUGUACAUGGGAACACUUAUGGUGUGCUAGUCUAUUUUUACCCAAGCCUUUUGCCAGAUUGUUCUGCUGGAUACUUUCUGCUGCAAUUGUAACUGUAACCAGAAUGGGAACAAAAGUUCAGUAUAAAUGCUACGUCUCAGGAUAUCAUCCAAUAAGGGAUUUAGAUGAGGACACAAAAUUUUCUUGGUCUCCAUUUUCUGAAGAUAAAUCAUUCAGUUGGAAACUUUGCAAUGAUUUCAAGCCAAAGACAAUUAGUAGCUGGUCAACAUAUGACAAAGAAACAUUGAAGCAAACUAUGCUUGAACAUGAAGCUACAUUUCAGACUCAGGUUUAUGAACUUCAUCGUCUUUAUAGAAUACAAAGGGAGUUAAUGUAUGAGAUAAAGAGAAAACAACUGAAUAGAUUUUCUGGACCAACACAGACAUCUAAGUCAAAUGGUGAUGACAAGAGAGCUUCCUGUAACUUUCUGAAGGAAGGUGUAACACAAUGCAGUUUAAUUUCAACUGCUAAUGGAGGUUGUGUUAGCAAUGACAGAUCAUUCGACACUAAGCUCAAGAUGUUUCCUAAGAGAAUGUUGGACCUUCAUCUUCCUGCUGAAGUUUACAUUAAAAAUGAAGGUACAGAAAAACAAGAUAGGGAUAACAUUGCUGAGUCAUGCACUAUGGCUGUUGAAAAUCUGAACAUCAAUCAUGCAGUUGAGAUUGAGAAUGAUGUCAUGUCGACUCUUGAGGUUCCUCUCUUUGGAAUCGGUACUCUAAAAUCAAAUUUGCAUCCAAAAAAUGAUCUAUCCAUUCACAGUCUGGUUGACCUGAAUGAGCCUAUUAAGGAUUCAUGUGAGAAAGGAGCUAUCAGUUCAAGUUCUCAUGAGUCCUGUGGCAUGAAUGUACAUUAUAAACAGCUUCAUCACCCUUGGGCACCAAUGAAUUUUAGAAGUAGAUUUCCAGAUAGGAAUUUUUCAAUGGACAAACACAGAGACGUUGGUACCUUUAACUACUUCGACAUAGACAAAGUUGAAAGAAGACAAGAAUGGCCACUGUUACACACUGAUUCUGGUGAAAGAAAAAAUGCUGUCAAUUGCAUUGAUUUUGGCCUAUUUAGUGCCAAGUAUCCAAUGUCAUCUGAGGCAAUAAAGUUGAAGCUUGAUAAAUCUCAAGAAAGUCACUUUCGUGAUCAAAAUCAAACACAGACAUGGUUUGGAGAGAAAACUACACACUCCAGAACUCAAGAUUUUGUUAAUUCAGAACAUCCAGGAUAUACAGCUUCUCAAGUCAUAUCUCCAUGGUUGGUUGAUUCCUCCUUUUCCCAUACAAUUGCUACCUCUCCAGAAGCUUCUUCUUGGAGAAACCCUUCAGAGGGUAUACACCACAUUCCAGUUGAAGUUCAAGUGCUUCAAUGCUCCAGCAGACCUUCAGUGUUGAAUGGACUGAGCAUUAAUUGCAAUGCACAUAAACAAAGAAACAGUAUUGGUUGUGACAAACUACAAAGCAUUGGUGAUCUGCAGCAACAUUUGAGAGUUGGUAAUAGAUCCUCCUAUGUGAAUGGUCUUUAUCAUGGUUCCCAAAUGUAUUCUAUUUCUUUAAAUGGAACACAUCUUUCACCAAGUAACCUAGAGAAGCCAAACCUCAAUAAAAAUGGUGAUUCUCCACCAUAUGGUAACUCUGAAAUUUAUGAACCCCAGAAGUGCUUGAAGGACUUGCAGUUUGCAGACAUCAAGUCUGAAAAGGAUUUGAAUUUGAAUGAGGGAAUCCGUGUUGGUAUUCAAGAUGUGCUUGCUGACAAACAAAAUUUAGCCAGGAAGCAUGAUGAAUCAUCAAAGAACUCAAUUUGGCUUAGAGAACAACCAUCUUUCAAUGAUUCUGCUGAUACAAAAAAAGGAUGUGACAGUCGAUUAGAUUUGAGAUUCAUUGAGAAUUGUUCUCAUUCUCCAGAAUUACUAGGGCAAGAUGCCAAGGAAAAAGAUUCUUCCAUUUGUGUCUUGAAGCACUCUGUGUCAUCCUUUGACAUCAAGGAAAGCAGAAUUCAAAGUGCUGUAACUGAAAUUAAUCCACCUGAUAACUCCAAGAGGAUAUUCUACUGCACAGGUUCUGUUUCAUAUUAUGGACAGUCAUUAGUUGAUAAUGUGAAGGGCAAUAGAGAAUGUAAGGCAGUUAGAAAUUGCAUCCCAAUCUCAAGAAAUGACAUCAAUCUGAACUAUGAUCUUAUGCCUAUUGAUGAUGUUUCAGCUGAUGUUGAGACACGGACUCCAUCCCAAUCUCUGGCAAUGGUUGCCAGAAAGCCAUCUAACAAAAUUGAUUUGGAAGCAACAGCUGAUGAAAUGAAAGACAACAAUAUAUUUCAUGGGGUUGAGAUCAUAGAUAUGAACCAUCCAGUGAUGCCAGCGGAAAUACCAAAAGAGAAGAUAUCCUCUCAUGAUACUUGUAUGAGACUGGCAGCAGAUACUAUUCUUUCCAUGUCAGUGGAUGUGCAUACUCAUUUAGAUAAUGUUGCAUGUUACCCCUCUGCUCUGUCUCCAUGUGAUUCCUUGCAUUUGUUGGCCAAGGUGAUUACAUUGAAUGGAGAAAUUGCAGGACAGUCAGAAGGAAGCAAAUAUGACCAUUGUGAAGCUUCAGAUGAUGUAUUCGAUGUCUUUGAGUACAUGACAUUGAAGCUUGAAGAAGUCAAGGCAGAUGAUUCCUGUUGCAAACAAUGUCAAAAUAACAAGCAAAACGAUGAGGGUAAGUCCAUUGCCUCACUGCUUUUUUCCAGGCCUCGUAGGGGCCAGGCCAGAAAAAGAAGACAGAGAAGAGAUUUCCAGAAGGACAUCCUACCAGCACUUGCAUCGUUGUCAAGGCAUGAGGUGAUGGAGGAUCUUCAGGCACUUGGAGGAAAAAUAAGAGCAAGCAAGCCACGGCAAACAAGUUCCACUAGGAGGAGCACAAGCUCAAGCAGGUCGAGUGUCCAAUUGAGUGGGAGAUGGCGGCAGCCAAGUAGUUUGGCCAUCACUGUCACAGAGGUUCAUGACAGUCCCCCUCAAUUACAGCCUAUUCAUACUGACUUAGAGAUUGAUGGGCUGAAUGUAAUGGCAUGGGGAAGGACAACGAGAAGGUGUCGUAGGCAAAGAAUUCCAUCACGUAACACGUCUGCUCCUCGAGAGUAGCAUUUUGAGAAUGAUACUUGUCAGGAUCAAUUGUUGGUGGAUUUAGCCAUGAGAUGCACUGUAGAUGAUGGCCAUAGUCUGGGCAUCAAUUUUGUGCUUACAGAUAGUAUGUAGAUUCCAUUAAAUAAUUGGUGAAUUGUUUCUCAAAAGAUAGGACAGUAAUUACUGUUGGUUAAGAAAGCUGUGGAGCUUGUUGGGUUAAUUGAAUGAUAUUUAACCUUAGAAACUACACAUAUAUAAUUUGGAUGCUGGGAACAUACAGAUGAUUAAUCUCAGACAAGUUUAUUGUGAUGGGUUACUCGGCUGCUCAAAAUUGCAUCCUUAUCUCCUUUUCUUUCAUCACUCAGUUUGAUGUCCUCUUCUGUGAAAUCUAAAAUGGUAUCUAUCAGAUGGUGCAGUUCUUACUACACACUGAAUUGAUUGCUUGUCAAUGUAUUUUGUAAUCCCGGUUCAGGAGUUGUCAUUUGACAUGCUAAUAUUAUCACUAUCAGUGUUGUGAUGCAGUGUGGAGGAACUAUGAGAUGACAUAAUUGCACAAGCAAGGAGAGAAGAGAAAAUGUGUAAUGAUUUGUAAAUGGUGUACAUACACUCUUUGCUGAUGAUGUAUGCUUCCAAAGUCGGAUCGGAUUUUUGUUAUGUUGUUUUAUGAACUUGCAGUAUUCCGGCCGAAAUAUAUGACAAGUAUAUGUUAUUUUCGA